GAUGUCAGUUUGUUACAAUCUCCUAAAUCUCAUAAGAAAUCACAUAGAGUAAAAACAGAAACCCAAAAACCUUGGAAAAGUGAGUCUUUGUAUCAAGUUUCUUCCAAAGAUGAUGGAAUUGACAAAGGGUCAAGGUACAUGUCAGAAAGCAGUAAAGUGAUUCGUUUAACAUCUUUUACUGACAUUUCUGAAUGUCUGAAGCCCCAGCUGGAUAGAAAAUAUAUUUAUACAGAAGAGCCUAACGUUAAAACUGUAUCAGAUGUUGGUGCCUUGGGAGGAUUUGACAUGGAAAAUUUGUUGCAAUCUUUGUAUGUAGAGAAUAGAGCUGGAUUCUUCUUUACUAAAUUCUGUGAGGAUUCAGGGAACCAGUUGUGGAAGAACAGCGUGUACUUUUGGUUUGACCUGCAGGCUUAUCAUCAGCUGUUCUACCAAGAAACACUUCAGCCUUUUAAAGUAUGCAAGCAAGCACAAUAUCUUUUUGCCACAUAUGUUGCUCCAUCGGCCACUCUUGAUAUUGGACUCCAACAAGAAAAGAAGAAAGAAAUCUAUAUGAAAAUACAACCACCAUUCGAAGACCUUUUUGACACAGCAGAAGAGUAUAUUCUUCUCAUCCUUCUGGAGCCCUGGACAAAAAUGGUGAAGUCAGACCAAAUUACUUAUAGAAAGGUGGAACUGGUGGAGGAAACUCGGCAACUAGACUCCACAUAUUUCAGAAAGCUACAGGCUUUGCAUAAAGAGACAUUUUCCAAGAAAGAUAAGGAUACAACUGGUGAAGCUGGAACUGGUAUGUUGUCCCUCUCCGAUGUCUCUAAACAAACAGAAUAUUGGAGUAAUGUUCCAGAAGAAUACAAGCACUUCACUUUUAAUGAUCUGCUUAACAACAAACUGGAGUUUGAACAUUUCCGUCAGUUUCUUGAAGCUCAUUCUUCAAGCAUUGACCUUAUGUGCUGGAUAGACAUUGAGCAGUUUCGAAGAAUAAUUUUCAGAGAUCGAAAUCAAAUGGAGGCAAAAUCUAUAUACAUUAAAAACAAAUACCUUAAUAAAAAAUAUUUCUUUGGACCCAACAGUCCAGCUUCUACACAUCAGCAGAAUCAGAUAAUGCUUUUAAGUGGUGGCUGGGGGAAGAUUCUGCAUGAGCAGCUUGAUGCACCUGUUCUGGUUGAAAUUCAGAAGCAUGUCCUGAACAGGCUAGAAAAUGUGUGGUUGCCAUUGUUUCUUGCAAGUGAACAAUUUGCAGCACGUCAAAAGAUAAAGGUACAGAUGAAAGGCAUAACAGAUGAGUGUUUACUACAGAAGCAUGAAAGGAAAAUCGGGGUCUGGAAGCCUGUGAAGAGUAAGUGGAUAUCCUCAUCUUGUGAAAUUAUUGCUUUUCGUAAAGCAUUAUUGAAUCCAGUUACUUCAAGGCAAUUUCAACGUUUUGUUGCUCUAAAAGGAGAUUUUUUGGAAAACGGGGUACUUUUUUGGCAAGAAGUACAAAAAUAUAAGGACUUGUGCCACUCCCAUUGUGAUGAGUCCGUCAUCCAAAAGAAGAUCACAACUAUCAUCAACUGUUUCAUUAACUCCUGUGUUCCACCACCUUUACAAAUUGACAUUCCAGUGGAGCAGGCCCAGAAGAUUAUCGAACAUAGGAAGGAGUUAGGACCAUAUGUAUUCAGAGAGGCACAGAUGACAAUUUUUGGGGUUCUAUUUAAAUUUUGGCCACAGUUUUGUGAAUUUAGGAAGAAUUUAACUGAUGAAAAAAUUAUGAGUGUUUUAGAGAGAAGACAAGAAUAUAAGCAGAAAAAGAAACCAUCAGUCACAGAUGAUGACAAGUCUGGAAAGAUUGGACUCAAACCAUAUGCAAGUGUUACAGGGUCUGCUACAAAACCUCCUUUAGCCAGUGAAUCCUACCUAGGCCUGCAAGCAUAUGGCCGGCAGCCAACCUGGUGCUACUCCAAGUAUAUAGAAGCCUUAGAACAGGAGAGAAUUCUUCUUAAGAUCCAAGAAGAACUGGAGAAAAAGAUGUUUACUGGCACAGCAUCUUUCACAAAUUUAUUUAAGUCUACUGGUUCAAAUAUGUUGUUGAAGAAGAAUAUGUCUAUCUAUACCUUCCAGA